GUCACUUCCGGUUUCAUGCAGCGAGCCGUUAUUACUGCUCUUCUGAAGUCAUGCGGAUAAUACUCUGAUCGGAAAGCAACCCCGUGUGAUCAAUAAAUCCCUCUUGUUUGUUAUAUCCAGAGCUGAAGUAGUCUGGAGAUCCUCCUCGUCUUCCAUCCUCAGAUAUCUGUUGACAUGAGCUGCAUUUACAAUUUCUGAGCCAUAUAUCCAUCAUCAUGAUGAAGAUUUACCUCGGAUCACAAAGUAAUGUGCUGUACGUGACCCAACCAUGACUAUCCGCUGCUCCUAAACCACUUGCCCUGAGGAGCGAACCCAAGCUAGAGAGCAGCGAGCAGCAUGCACUGCCAUCCUCCUCUCCAGAGGGGCAGCUGCUGGUAGAAGGUAUCAGGAAAGUGUGUGUGCACUGCUCUGGCCAUGGAUGACUUCCCUACACAUGACUUCACUACACGCACCUAUGGCACCAGUGGCAUGGACAACAGGCCUCUGUUCGGGGAGACGUCGGCCAGGGAUAGAAUCAUCAAUUUAGUGAUCGGUGGACUCGCGUCUUUACUCGUUCUGGUGACCAUCAUAAGUUCAUUCAUCUUCCCUUCACUGCCUCCCAAGCCAUUGAAUAUUUUCUUUGCCAUCUGUAUCAUGUUAGUCUGCGGGUCAGUGUUGGUUCUGAUAUUCUGGUAUAGACAGGGAGAUCUGGAGCCCAAGUUUCGCAACUUGAUCUACUACAUGUUGUGUUCCAUCGUUCUGCUGUGUAUCUGUGCCAACUUGUACUUUCAUGAUGUGGGACGUGAUAAAGAGAGCAAUGCCUUAUAAAACUGCUACCAUGGGAAUCGUCCCAAUCAGCGGAAUGUUCGUCAUUAUAUGGGUGCUUUGGAACCCCACUUGAGUUCUUGAAUCAGGAUAAUUCCUACAAGCCCCAUUUGUGUGGGCAAGGCCAGUCUGCCUUUGGGAGCCAUGUUAGUGGACUACACGUAAUAUAGAUGCAAACAUGUUAGCGAUGAGUAGCACUCUGGGAUGUCCGUGCACACGUUUUGCACCCUGAAUGCUGUACACAGCUUAACCUAUAUGCCAAUGACGUUUUUUUUUUUAAAUAAGCCAUGGCAAUGUAAUGCGUAAUGCUUUUAUACACCUACAGUACAUUCCUAAAUAAGAAAUUCCUUAUUUUGUAUUUAAUCAGAAAAGCAAUUUUGAAUAAGAGCACUUGAUUAAAGACAUGCAACAGUCAUUGCAGUCAUGCUUGUUUGUUUUUCUAAAUUACUGAACACUGUUAUUUGAUAUGGUGAAAACCUUCAUUUUGGUUAACAACCAUUGUAAUUUGGAUUGUAUGUAAUAAAUAAAUACAUAUACACAAUA